GCUCCUGAAUUUAGGGGUGUGGUUAACUGUUGCUCAGUGUGCGUCAGGUAUCCGUCUCACACUAUAUAACCAUGUGAGACCAGAGGAGAGCAGACAGACAGGCACACAGCCAGGGUGACUACAUCACGAGACAACAGUCAAAGAAAUGGCCAACCUGCUGAGAUCGUGGAUGAUGCUCGCAGCGCUCGUGCUCUGCCUGCUGGUGUGUCUGAGCAGCUUUGCUGACGCUUAUCCUCCCAAACCGGAGAGUCCGAGUAACAACGCGUCUCCGGAGGACUGGGCCAAAUACCACGCAGCUGUCAGACACUAUGUCAACCUCAUCACCAGACAGAGGUAUGGGAAGAGGUCAACACCUGAGCAGGCAAUGGCUUGGCUGCUGUUUGGUGGUGAUACAAACCAAGAUACUGAACCAAGCUCAGACUAUGGCGAUCAGUGGUAAAUGAGCCCAGUGUUAACCCUUACCCAGAAGACUUCAUCCCAGAUCUUUUGAUUUGCAAACAAUCCUAAAAUGCUAAGAUUCUCUCAAAGACUACCUGCAUUUGACUUUGUGACUCUCCAUUUUUGAUUAUCUAUAUGCAUGCAAAUCUCCUUUUUUCUCUGUUCGUCUUCCUCUCUCAGUAAACCUGUUUGUUCUCUGGCCAAAAAUGUAAAUAAUUUAUAUCAAAAUCAAUCACUUUACAAUAAAGAAUUUAAAUGGAGUAAAAGUAUUAAAUAGUCAAACAUGA